AUGACGGAUUCCCGCGUACUUCUGGACAGGCUCGAUGAUUAUAAAGUGCUGUUUGGCUUCGCUACCCUCUCGGCGUCAAACCGCGUGUCGGAGAUGAAGGACCUAACCAAGGAUGGAGUUUGGGGCCAUGUUCCAGACACUGAGAACCCGGCAGAUCUUAUCUCUCGUGGCAUGUCGCCAGCACACCUUCAAUACCAAACACUUUGGAUCGUUGGCUCAGGACCAAAACAGUUCUGGCUGCAUACAGACGAUGCUUCCAGCAUCGAAUUAGACGCAUCAAUUCUAGAAGAACGCCCGACACCCGCCUUUCCAGUUCAAGCAGUACCUCCAAGCGAAAUCUUCGGAGAACGUUCGUCGUUCACGGAGCUCGUCCGUAUCGUGGCACUGUUGCUUCGACCUCGGCACAACUCGCAAAAUUGCAAUCGGUCGCCCAGGAAAACUGGUUCCCUGACGCUCGACGAACAGGAACAGGCAACUAUCGCUCUAGUUCGAUUGUCCCAGCAGGAAUGCUGCCCACAAGAGCUAAAAGAGUUGCCCAAGAGAGGAUCUGUCCACGACUCGUCCAAUAUCGUUACAUUGCAUCCACAACUCUGUGACGGCUUGAUGCGUGUCGGCGGCCGGCUCUCUGAGGCAUCGAUAUCGUCCGGUCGCAGGCAUCCCUACAUUCUACACCACAAGCACCCUCUCGCGACAAGCUGUUCUACGCUGGUAAGCAACUGUUGA